CUCUUUUUCUCGUCCGACAUCGCCUACCAUCAUUUUACCACUGAAGCUUCUCGCAUUUUGGCUCCAUGGGGUUGAGCAUCGAGUGCUCCAUGAAAACCAAGAUAAGUCCAAAAGUUCUUGCGUUAAUCACAACCAAGUGGAGGUGUACUAUAACCUCCGUAACUGGGCGCUUGAAGCAAUUGCCGCCGGCACGGAUGGCGAUGGGCCAUGGUGGGACGAGAAUGUGAAGGCUUGGGCAUUUUCGGAGAGCCAUGUAGUAUUUAUAAGUGCAGAUGGGUUGUCUGCAGUGCCACGUGCUUGCAGGUAGAGAAUUAUUACCUUAAAUAAAUAAUUAGGAUUCAUGAGUGCUUCGUGCAAUCUGUCUUUCAGAUGAUUUAAUGCACGGAGCAACGCAGCACCUACCGGGGAUGUGAGUCGCAGCGGCAGCAUCGUCCACUCUCACCCGCUCCGCGAAUCCCGCCACUCAUUUUGUGCCGCCUUGCUGCCCACUGCCCUACGCAGACUUGUGCCAUCUCAGCCGCCCCUUUCCGUGAGCUCCUUCUCCCCCUUGACCAUGGCGCGGGCUCUCUCUCGCCGCGCGCUUUCCACCGCGCCUUGGCUCGGUCUAGCGCUGGUGCUGAUGCCGGCUGGAACGAAAGGAGGGUUUGGGUGAAGCAGCAAUGGAUGAGACGGAUGCUGAGAGCGGCUGAAGGGGAGAGAGGGGAGAGAGGCGAGCAGCAUGGCUCUAGUGACCGCAUGGACCUCCAUAGCGCUGCUGCUGCUGCCCCUUCUGCUGCUGUUGCUUGUGCCGCCCCUUCUGCUGCUGCCAUUGCUGCUGCUGUGGCUGCUGCUGCGGCUGCAGAUGGCGCUGAUAGUGGCAGUGGCAGCGGCAGCGUGUGGGGGGACUGAGCACCUUGCAACCACAUGUGGGGACAGCCACAGUGGCCAACGCCUCGGGGUCCUCUCGUCCCUUCCAUCGGGUUCUCGCCUCGGGUGCUGCGGCGGUUGUGGCAGCACCAUCACAACCAUUAACUUUGCCCGCAGAGUGCAGGGACGGCAGCGCCGAGAAAGCAGUGGUGGUGACGACAUUCCGCUAUGACCAAGUUAACUUCCCCAUCGACCCGGUUCAUCCCGUGUACCCUUAUGAGGUCAUUCUGAACAACACGUGUCAGCAGCGGGCCAUCUCUCGCCUGACCAUCAACAUCGUCAGGAAGAACAGAUUUCGCUCCUACGUCCUCAUUCCGCGCUUGCAGUUCAUUGGAUAUGGCAAAGAUGAAAGAAACAGUCACGACAAUUAUCAAUUCCGGGUCAGAGCUCUUCAUGCCAUGCCUUGCACAUCAGCAUUGUGUGAACAAAUGAGCAUCUUGGAGAUGGGCGUGUGUCUUACUCCUUGCCAGGCUAACUUGCUUGGUCCUUCCUCCGUGCCGUGCCCUCCUUCCUCUGCUUGCUACUCCUUCUGCGUGUUUCCCCCCUGCUGCUCUCUCCUCUCUCCCUUUUAGUAUUCCCCCAUCCUCUCGACAUUUCUCCCUUCCUCCAACCCUCCCGGUCCCCCUCUCUUUGUCCGCCUGUCCGUCCGUCUGUCCCUCCCUCCCUCCCUCCCUCCCACACUUCUUCUCUCCCUCACUUCUCUCUCACACUACCCUUCCCAUCCUCCAACCUUACCCACCUCCACCUUAUCAUUGAUUGCCAUUCUGUCUCUCAACUCCACCAUUCCAAUUCCCCCUCGCAGGUACUCCCUCCCCUGGGUGCACCCAAUGACUCGGUGAUAAUCCCUCCAGGUGCCAUUCUCAAGUUCAACACUACUACACAGCUCUUGCACUUAAGCAUCACUGUUAUUGCAGCCACCUUCUCUCCUUAAGUCCUAUCGUAUUCCCUUGUAUUGAACACCCCAUGGAGGUAAUAAAGAAUACAUUGAAAU